AUGGUUCAAAGCCUCAUGGUGAGCACAGCUUCCACCUCAGCCUUUGUGGCCGAGAUGACACACCGGUACUGUGCUCUGGUCGAGGAGCAGGACACCGGCAAGCUGCAAAAUCAGAUCUCCAAGUUGGAGAAGAAAUUGGCGGUGUCCGAGUCUGAGAAGGCCGAGCUCCAGAGACAGCUUAAGAAGGCCGAAGCUAAGGGUGAGGAGGCCGAGGUUACAAUGAAUAGUCUCAGAUCAGCCCUCGAAGAAGAGCAGAAGAGGGGGGACGAGGUUAAGAAGUCUCAUGAGCAAGCCCUCAACAGCGUUGGGGCCUCGGCAGUGGAAGCAUUUCGGAGGUCUGAGGCCUUCACCAAGGAUCUCGGCCAACUGCUCACACCAAACUUCAUGUUCGGCUUCACGUCGGGUGUGGACGCGGCCGCAGCCCACCUCUCCUCCGAAGCCUUGGAGUCGUUGAAAGACAAUGACAGCUACAACGAGGACUCUAAGGAGUUGUGCGACCGGAUGGCCGAGGGCCUCCAGGCCGGGAGGAACUUGGCCGAAGGUGAAGAAGCUGGGGAAGACGAAGCCGAAGGGGACAUCGGCGAAGAGCAUGAAGAAGAACUUCACCCCGGCGGAGGAGAGUCCGCAGAGAAGGCUGCCCAGGAGGGAGCCGAGACGGGGAAUGGAGCCGAGACGGGGGUCUAG